CCUCACGACAGCCAUGGGGACUCCAUUUAUUUUCCCAGUAGGGCUUCUGUUGUUGCUGCUGCUCUUCACCGCGGCCCUCGCUCAAACUGAUUUCCACAUCAACCGAGUGUGCUCAACUUGGGGAAACUUUCACUUAAAGACCUUCGACGGAGAAUUCUUCCAGCUGCCAUCCACCUGCAACUAUGUCCUCACCUCAGACUGCAAGAACAGCUAUGAGGAUUUCAACAUCCAGAUCAGACGAGAGAUAGUCAACGGCUCCGCUACCAUCACUGAGAUCGUCAUGAAGCUGGAUGGGGCUGUGGUUGAGCUGACCAAGACUUCUGUAGUCGUCAAUGGCCAGGAGGUAUCUCUGCCAUCCAUCGUAUCUGGUGUGUCCAUUGAGAAGGUCUUCUCCUCGUUGACCAUCAAAGCUAAACUGGGAAUCAGAGCUUUUUGGAAUAUGGACGACUCACUUGAUAUUGAAAUGAACGAGAAGUAUCAGGGCCUAACGUGUGGACUUUGUGGAAACUUCAACAGUGUGCAAGCCGAUGAGUUUCUUCAAAAUGAUGUCAAAUUGAGUGCGGCAAACUACGCAGACCGGUUCAAAAUGGACAAACCCACCGAGAGCUGUAAAGAGGAUACCCUUCCAGAAGAAAUCAGUGACUGUGGAGACCAGGAUUUCUGUGAAGGAAUUUUUAAUCGUUCUGCAUUCAGCGAUUGCACAAACCGCCUGGAUACUGCAGCCUUUACUAAGGUGUGCCUGGCUGACAUGUGCCAGUGCGGUACAGAUGAAUCCUGCGUCUGCAAAACAGCCUCUGAGUUCUCCAGGCAGUGCAUUCAUGCUGGUGGUGCACCCGGAGAGUGGAGGACAUCUUUUUGUCGGAGGAGCUGUCCUUAUAAUAUGGAGUUUAAAGAGUGUGGCAGUGCAUGUCCCAACACCUGCUCCAACCAGCAGGCUAGCGACACCUGUGGCUUCCACUGCCACGAUGGUUGCUAUUGUCCUACAGGAACGGUCUUUGACGACAUCACCAAGAGUGGCUGUGUACCAGUGAGUGAAUGUUCAUGCAGGCACAAGGGUGAAGUGUACCAGUCCGGAGAGUCCUACUCUCUCCCCUGUUCCACUUGUGUUUGUUAUGGCGGCCUGUGGAAGUGCACGGAGAAGGACUGCCCGGGCACCUGCUCUGUAGAGGGAGGCUCCCACAUCAACACUUUUGAUGGGAAGGUGUUUACUUUCCAUGGAGACUGCUCAUACACAUUGACCAGGCACUGCCAGGGGUCCCUGUUCACUGUGCUGGUGGACCUGGUCCAGUGUGGUCUGGCUGACAGUGAAACCUGCCUGAGGGCUGUGACUCUGGGUCUGUCCGCCAACUCCUCCACCAACCCCACUCAGGUCAUAAAAAUCCUUUCAGGAGGCCAAGUCUACGUAAACCAAAUCAUUUCUCAGCUCCCCCUUUUCACCGCCGAACUGAGCAUCUUCCAGCCCUCCUCCAUCUACAUGCUCAUCGACACAAACGUGGGCUUGCAGCUCAUGGUACAGCUCUCGCCCAUCAUGCAGAUCUUCGUCACCCUCGACACGUCCCUGAUAGGAACCACUUGUGGUCUGUGUGGAAACUUCAACAACAUCAUGGCUGAUGACUUCCGGGUGAUGAGUGGACUGGUGGAAGGGACUGCGGUCGCCUUUGCCAACUCAUGGAAGACCAGAGCCGACUGUGCCAACGUUAUCACACGCUUCGGACACCCCUGCAGCCAAGGAGUCUCCAAUGAGCGCUAUGCCCAGUACUGGUGUUCCAAACUAACAGACUCAAAUGGAGUGUUUUCCAGCUGUCACGCUGUGAUCGAUCCAAAAAUAUACAAAGAUAACUGCAUGUAUGACAGCUGUAACUGCGAGAACAGCGAGGACUGCAUGUGUGCUGCGGUCUCCUCCUACGUGUACGCCUGCUCCCUCGCAGGGGUCAAGCUCAGUGACUGGAGAGGCGUCAUCUGCAGCAAAUAUGCGUCAGCCUGCCCUAAGGAAACGGUAUACAGCUACAACAUGACCUACUGCGGGCGCACCUGCCGUUCCCUGAACCAGGUGGACUACUCCUGCAAGGUCACCAUGGCAGCCGUGGAUGGCUGUGGGUGUGAAACGGGCACCUACAUGAAUGACAAAGGUCAAUGUCUGAACAGCUCCAGCUGUCCCUGCUACGACCAGGAAAACAUCAUCAAUGCUGGGGAGACUGUCACCAAAGAUGGUGUCACAUGCUAUUGUCGACAUGGAGCUCUCGACUGCGGAGGGUCAACCCAAUUACAGAUCAUUCAGACCUGUUUCACUCCCAUGGUCUACUUUGAUUGCUCUACUGCUGGAAUUGGCUCCAAUGGCGUUGAAUGUCAGAAGAGCUGCAACACUCUGGACAUGGCCUGUAUCCAUACAGGGUGUGUGUCAGGAUGCAUGUGCCCCUCUGGCCUGGUGUCGGAUGGCAAGGGGGGCUGCAUCUUGGAGAGCAGCUGUCCCUGUGUCUACAAUGGAAACACCUAUACACCUGGGGAGACACUGUCAGUGGACUGCAACCAAUGCAAAUGCACCAACCGGAGGUUUGAGUGUACCAAAAAUGUGUGCGAUGAAGUCUGUAGUAUAUAUGGUGAUGGACAUUACUCCACUUUUGACGAGAAGAAGUUUGACUUCAGUGGACAGUGUGAAUACACUCUCAUCGAGGACUACUGUGAUGAAUCAAGUGGAACGUUUCGAGUCAUCACAGAGAACGUACCCUGUGGAUCAACAGGGACAACCUGCUCCAGGGCUAUCAAGAUCUUCAUGGGGGCAAAUGAGUUCCAGUUGAUGGAUGGAAAAUACUCUAUGGUUAAAGGCAAUGGUACUGAGUUCCCGAUCCAGGUGCGCAAGAUGGGCCUUUACAUGGUCGUGGUUCUGAAGCAGGGACUCGUGCUUAUGUGGGACCAGAAGACCAGCCUCUUUAUCCGAUUGAGCGCAACAUACCAGGGUCAAGUGUGUGGUCUAUGUGGAAACUAUGACGGCAACAGCAAGAAUGAUUUUACCACACGUUCUGGCGAGAAUGUGGUUGAUACUUUGGACUUUGGCAACAGCUGGAAGGUGUCAGGCACCUGUCCAGAUGCUGAGCUGGCCAGCGACCCCUGUUCUGCCAACCCUUACCGCGAAGCCUGGUCCAAAAAGCAGUGCAGCAUCAUCAACAGUAUUACUUUCAAGAAUUGUCACUCAAAGGUGGACCCUGGUCCUUUCUAUCAAGCCUGUGUCACAGACUCCUGCGCUUGUGACACUGGUGGUGAUUGCGAGUGCUUCUGCACAGCCGUGGCCGCAUAUGCAAAAGCCUGCUCUGAAGCCAGCGCAUGUGUCAGAUGGAGAACCCCAAAGAUCUGUCCUGUGUUUUGUGACUACUACAACUAUCCCAGUGGCUGUGAGUGGCACUACAAGCCAUGUGGCGCUCCCUGCAUGAAGACCUGCAGGAACCCAACUGGGAACUGCUCCAAUCUCAUCACCGCCCUAGAAGGUUGCUACCCAAAUUGUCCACCGACCAGUCCAUUCUUUGACGAGGACAACAUGAAGUGUGUUUCCAUUGACCAUUGUGGUUGCUACGAUGUACAAGGCAAUCACUAUGCUGAUGGGGCUGUAGUCCCAUCACAGAACUGUUAUGUCUGCUCAUGUACUAAUUCUGGAAUAAGCUGCAUAUAUGAUGUCACCACUUGCAAAUGUUUAGUCAACGGUAAAUUCUACCCAUAUGGGGCGGCAAUUUACAAUACCACUGAUGGACUAGGGCAUUGUAUCACCGCCACAUGUGCGGCAAAUGAUACAUUAGUCCGAGGAUUGUAUCCAUGUGUAACCACAACCACUCCGGAGCCAUCCACAACACCUCUUAUCACAACCACUGUGGCCAGCACAAUCACCGAGAUCUUCACAACACCAGGCCCAUUCACAAUCUUCACAUUUUCAACACCUGAAGAAACCACUGGCACAACAACUGCUGCUACAACAGCUGUAGUUGAAACAACCACCUCAGUGGCAAAGCCCUCAACAACUAGCCCUGAAACAACAGUUGUAACUUCAACACCAACCGUUGAGACAGUAACAACAGUAACCACAGUGACUACAACAGAAGGUACUACUGAAAAACCAACUGAAACUUCAACAUCCAAGGUUUCAACAGCUGCGACUGUAUCAACAACAAAGCCACUCAAAGAAGAAACCACUGGUACUACAGAAAAACCAACUGAGACUUCAACCUCCGAGGUUUCAACAGCUGCGACUGUAUCAACAACAAAGCCACUUAAAGAAGAAACCACUGGCACAACAACUGCUGCUACAACAGCUGUAGUUGAAACCACUACCUCAGUGCCAAAGCCCUCAACAACUAGCCCUGAAACAACAGUUGUAACUUCAACACCAACCGUUGAGACAGUGACAACGGUGACUACAGUAGUAACAGCAGAAGGUACUACAGCCAAACCCACUGAAACUCCCACAUCCGAGGUUUCAACAGCUGCGACUGUAUCAACAACAAAGCCACUUGAAGAAGAAACCACUGGCACAACAACUGCUGCUACAACAGCUGUAGUUGAAACAACCACCUCAGUGCCAAAGCCCUCAACAACUAGCCCUGAAACAACAGUUGUAACUUCAACAUCAACCGUUGAGACGGAGACAACAGUGACCACAGUGACUACAACAGAAGGUACUACAGCCAAACCCACUGAAACUUCAACAUCAGAGGUUUCAACAGCUGCGACUGUAUCAACAACAAAGCCACUCAAAGAAGAAACCACUGGCACAACAACUGCUGCUACAACAGCUGUAGUUGAAACCACUACCUCAGUGCCAAAGCCCUCAACAACUAGCCCUGAAACAACAGUUGUAACUUCAACACCAACCGUUGAGACAGUGACAACAGUGACUACAGUGACUACAGCAGUAACAACAGAAGGUACUACAGAAAAACCCACUGAGACUUCCACAUCCGAGGUUUCAACAGCUGCUACUGUAUCAACAACAAAGCCACUUAAAGAAGAAACCACUGGCACAACAACUGCUGCUACAACAGCUGUAGUUGAAACAACCACCUCAGUGCCACAGCCCUCAACAACUAGCCCUGAAACAACAGUUGUAACUUCAACACCAACCGUUGAGACAGUGACAACGGUGACUACAGUAGUAACAGCAGAAGCUGCGACUGUAUCAACAACAAAGCCACUUAAAGAAGAAACCACUGGCACAACAACUGCUGCUACAACAGCUGUAGUUGAAACAACCACCUCAGUGCCAAAGCCCUCAACAACUAGCCCUGAAACAACAGUUGUAACUUCAACAUCAACCGUUGAGACGGAGACAACAGUGACCACAGUGACUACAACAGAAGGUACUACAGCCAAACCCACUGAAACUUCAACAUCAGAGGUUUCAACAGCUGCGACUGUAUCAACAACAAAGCCACUCAAAGAAGAAACCACUGGCACAACAACUGCUGCUACAACAGCUGUAGUUGAAACCACUACCUCAGUGCCAAAGCCCUCAACAACUAGCCCUGAAACAACAGUUGUAACUUCAACACCAACCGUUGAGACAGUGACAACAGUGACUACAGUGGCUACAGCAGUAACAACAGAAGGUACUACAGAAAAACCCACUGAGACUUCCACAUCCGAGGUUUCAACAGCUGCUACUGUAUCAACAACAAAGCCACUUAAAGAAGAAACCACUGGCACAACAACUGCUGCUACAACAGCUGUAGUUGAAACAACCACCUCAGUGCCACAGCCCUCAACAACUAGCCCUGAAACAACAGUUGUAACUUCAACACCAACCGUUGAGACAGUGACAACAGUGACCACAGUGACUACAACAGAAGGUACUACAGCCAAACCCACUGAAACUUCCACAUCCGAAGUUUCAACAGCUGCGACUGUAUCAACAACAAAGCCACUUAAAGAAGAAACCACUGGCACAACAACUGCUGCUACAACAGCUGUAGUUGAAACCACUACCUCAGUGCCAAAGCCCUCAACAACUAGCCCUGAAACAACAGUUGUAACUUCAACACCAACCGUUGAGACAGUGACAACAGUGACUACAGUGACUACAGCAGUAACAACAGAAGGUACUACAGAAAAACCCACUGAGACUUCCACAUCCGAGGUUUCAACAGCUGCUACUGUAUCAACAACAAAGCCACUUAAAGAAGAAACCACUGGCACAACAACUGCUGCUACAACAGCUGUAGUUGAAACAACCACCUCAGUGCCAAAGCCCUCAACAACUAGCCCUGAAACAACAGUUGUAACUUCAACACCAACCGUUGAGACAGUGACAACAGUGACCACAGUGACUACAACAGAAGUUACUACAGCCAAACCCACUGAAACUUCCACAUCCGAAGUUUCAACAGCUGCGACUGUAUCAACAACAAAGCCACUUAAAGAAGAAACCACUGGCACAACAACUGCUGCUACAACAGCUGUAGUUGAAACCACUACCUCAGUGCCAAAGCCCUCAACAACUAGCCCUGAAACAACAGUUGUAACUUCAACACCAACCGUUGAGACAGUGACAACGGUGACUACAGUAGUAACAGCAGAAGGUACUACAGCCAAACCCACUGAAACUCCCACAUCCGAGGUUUCAACAGCUGCGACUGUAUCAACAACAAAGCCACUUAAAGAAGAAACCACUGGCACAACAACUGCUGCUACAACAGCUGUAGUUGAAACAACCACCUCAGUGCCAAAGCCCUCAACAACUAGCCCUGAAACAACAGUUGUAACUUCAACACCAACCGUUGAGACAGUGACAACGGUGACUACAGUAGUAACAGCAGAAGCCUCAGUGCCAAAGCCCUCAACAACUAGCCCUGAAACAACAGUUGUAACUUCAACACCAACCGUUGAGACGGAGACAACAGUGACUACAGUGACUACAUCAGUAACAACAGAAGGUACUACAGAAAAACCCACUGAAACUUCAACCUCCGAGGUUUCAACAGCUGCGACUGUAUCAACAACAAAGCCACUUAAAGAAGAAACCACUGGCACAACAACUGCUGCUACAACAGCUGUAGUUGAAACAACCACCUCAGUGCCACAGCCCUCAACAACUAGCCCUGAAACAACAGUUGUAACUUCAACACCAACCGUUGAGACAGUGACAACAGUGACCACAGCAGUAACAACAGAAGGUACUACAGCCAAACCCACUGAAACUUCGACAUCCAAGGUUUCAACAGCUGCGACUGUAUCAACAACAAAGCCACUUAAAGAAGAAACCACUGGCACAACAACUGCUGCUACAACAGCUGUAGUUGAAACCACUACCUCAGUGCCAAAGCCCUCAACAACUAGCCCUGAAACAACAGUUGUAACUUCAACAUCAACCGUUGAGACAGUGACAACGGUGACUACAGCAGUAACAACAGAAGGUACUACAGCCAAACCCACUGAAACUUCCACAUCCGAGGUUUCAACAGCUGCGACUGUAUCAUCAACACAGCCACCUGCAGCUAGCCCUCAAACAACUAAAGAGGCAAUAGAAUCACUAACAAAGACUCUACCGCCUGCUGCAAGUUUUCCCCCAAUAAUUACUACAGCACUUCCUGAAACAAGCUUCACAACAAGCAUACCAACGGUUGAAACAAUUCAAACAGGGACUACCGCAACUUCGUAUGUCCCUACUACAGAGCUUUUAGUACAUAAAACUACUACCGGUAUUCCUUCAACUACGUCAUGCAAAUGUAUUGUCAAUGGAACAGAGUAUCUUCCAGGCCAAAUGCUGUACAACCGGGAUGACGGUUUGAAGUUUUGUUACAUAGCCCAUUGUGGACAGUCUUGUAACAUUACCACAUCUGUGCUGCCAUGUUCAACAACUGAAAUGCCAACCACCACUGCCGCCAGCUCUACCACACCAGGGGUCAGCUCUAAAGAAACCCUGCCUACUCCUACUUCAGUUUCCACCCCUGCUACAACACUUGGAAACUGUGUGUAUCUGAGUGAGAAGAAAGAGAAUGGGGAGACAUGGACUGCUGACAACUGCACCACAGCCUCCUGCAUCGAUGGCCAGAUCGUUCAGAACCCUGUUCCCUGUCCAUCUGUUGAGACGCCCCGCUGUUUAAAUAACAACACGGCUAUUCAGGUUGCAGAUGAAAGUGGAUGCUGCUAUCACUACGUAUGUCCAUGUCAGUGUACCAGCUGGAAGAAAACUUCCUACAUAACAUUUGAUGGAGAAUUGUACAAUUUUAACCAGAACUGCUCCUAUUACGCAAUGAAAGAGAUCAUUCCAAAAUACAACCUGACUGUAAUAGUAAACAAUAGAUAUUGUUCGAAAGAGGACCCCACAUUCUGCCCCCAAGCGCUCAUUGUAAACUACAAGCAGUACACGAUUGUCCUGACAUCAGAAAAUAAUGGAUUUAGCGAUAUGGUGCUUUUGAAUGACAAACGCAUCUUCCCUGCGUAUACCAACAACGACUUGCAAAUCACUGGUACCAAUAUGAUCAUCACAGUGCUAAUACCAGCUCUCGAUGCUAAGAUCGUCUAUGGUGUCACAAAUGGAGAAUCGUACUUCGUUAUCGAUUUAUCCCCAACACUCUUUAGCGGGACCACAGAGGGACUAUGUGGUACGUGCGACAACUCAAUAGCCAAUGACUGCCGCGGGCCGAACGGACAGUUGGAGGAGUGCACCGAUUCCGCUGGCAAAUGGCUUGUUCCUGACACAACCUGUGCCACAUCCACUGCCCCGCCCACUGUGUCCACUUCAACCAUAACACCAGGCACCAGCCCCACUCCAUGCCAGACCACAGCCUGUGACAUCCUGAACAGCAGUGUGUUUUCCCCAUGCCACUUGCAUGUGUCCCCUAAUCCAUUUAUGGAGACCUGUGAGUCAACCGUCUGCAAUGGGGAAAAUGUGUGCAUGAACUUUGCGGUCUACGCAAGCAAGUGUGCCCAAGCCGGAGUCUGUAUCGACUGGAGGAAUGCCACAAAUGGCCAAUGCGACCAUGAUUGUCCUAGCCACAUGGUGUACAACGCAUGUGGCCCAUCUGUGGUGCCUACAUGCAACUCCAAGUAUAAUGAAAUGUACAAUUCUGAGAUACAAAUACAGAACGGAACAUCGCUCCAGGAGGGCUGUUACUGUGCACACGGCACAACACGAUUCAACACAGCCUACGAUGUCUGUGUGACGUCCUGCGACUGUGUUGGACCUAACGGCAUGCCAAAGCAGCUGGGUGAGAGUUGGACAAGCGAUUGCAAUAACUGCCGCUGCGACAAUGAAACCAUGAGCGUCCAGUGUACUCCUGUGUCCUGCGUGGCAGAGCCCAGCCCCGACUGUAGCGACCCCGGCUAUAAAUCUGUUAACAAAACAGUUGACUGCUGCUUCAAGGAGACAUGUGAGUGCGAUACCAGUCGGUGUCCUGCCGUAUUACCUUGCCCCAUAGGAUUUGAAACCAACGUCACGAAGACCAGUGGAGAUUGCUGCAUAGACUAUUCCUGCGUUCCGAAAGAAGUGUGUGUCAACAGCAGUGUGGAGUACUCACCUGGGUCAAAGGUUCCGUCCUCAGAUCCCUGCGACGAGUGUUCCUGUAGCAACAAUAUGGAUGCACAGACAGGACUUCUCUCCGUUGUGUGUACACCUGUCAGAUGCAACAAAACCUGUGAAGCGGGUUACGAGUACCAGGCUGUUAAAAACAUGUGCUGUGGCAAAUGUGUCCAGAAGAGCUGUAUCAUGACCUAUAACAACACCAAGUAUAUCACACAGAAUGAGACGUGGUCGCCCCCUGGUGACAGCUGUAUUGAAUACACCUGUGAUUUAUCCACAACACCGCCUACCGCCAUCGAGUCCAAAACCAGCUGUGCCCAAUACAACCCAGAGGAUUGUGUGCCUGGCACCGAGACAACAGACUCUAAAGGAUGCUGCAAGACAUGCCAACUGCGCAGUGUGUGUGAGAUGAAGACCGAGGUGACCGUUAUUGAGAUUGACGGAUGUAAAAACCUGGAACCUGUCCAAAUGUCCUUCUGCUCAGGAACCUGUGGAAGUUCAUCCAAAUUCUCCGCAGCUGCAAACAAGAUGAUGCACAAGUGUGCAUGUUGCAAGGAGCUGACCACCAGUGUGAAGGAGGUGCAGUUGACGUGUGGCGACGGCUCCACCCGUACACAACAAUACACCAGCGUGGACUCGUGCAGCUGCGAGGACUCCGCCUGCGCGACGCAAGGGAAGAGACGCCGCAGACGCUAACGCAAACGAACAGCCAUCGGCGCGAUCCCGAACAUACGCCCCAUUGACUUUCCUCAUUUUACUGUAAUGAAACCAAUUGCUAGAAUGAAACAAAUACUUGUACUAGGUGUCAUUUGUUGUGACAUAUUUUCCCACAUAUUUGUAUUGACAUCUACUUUAGACUAGAUGUUUUGUUUUGUCACUAGAAUCAAAUAUAAUUUUCUGCAACCAUAAAA